AUGAAACAAGACACAACCAGAGGUGCCACCUACGCAGUGGACUGUGAGGACUAUGUGCAUGUGGUGGAGUUUAAUCCCUUUGACUCUGGAAGUCCAGGUUCACUGAUUGCCUAUGGUGGAAACGAUUAUGUAGCUAUUGCUUCUUGUAGAUUUCAGGAAGAAGAUACCUCUGUAAAUGGUAUAGAGUUUAAGAUUCUCAAAACAUUUCACCAUGAAGUAAGAGUGGAUGCUAUAGCCUGGAGUCCAGAAACUAGAUCUGAUACCUUGACUCCCAUUUUAAGAUUUUGCACAGCUGCUGGAGAUAAAACCUUAAGAGUAUUCACGUCUGACUUUCAUGAACAGAAUAAGUGCCAGCUCAUAGAUGGUCACUCCAGCUACAUCAAUGAUGUAGUUUUCUGUUCUUGUGAAGGAAAUGAUAUUGCAAGUGUCAGUGAUGACCACACAUGCAGAAUUUGGGAUUUAGGAGGAAAUCAGAUUGCAAUGUUUAUGCUACGAUCUCCUGGGAUGAGUGUAGCUUGGCAUCCAGAAGAAGCAUUUAAGCUAAUGAUAGCAGAGAAGACUGGCACCAUACGUUUCUAUGAUUUGACUACACAUCAGGCCAUUCUGUCCCUUGAGUCUAUGCAAGUGCCUUUGAUGUCUGCAGACUGGUGCUUGAAGAACACAUUCAGAGUUGGAGCUGUUGCUGGAAACGACUGGUUCAUUUGGGAGAUGCCACGUUCAAGGUUGAUGCUUAUUUUAUUACUGAUUUGUUUGAUGUGUGUUUUUUUUUUUUUUUUUUUGUUUUUUUGGUUUUUUAAUUCCUUAUUUAUUGGUAUGCAACAAGAAACAAUAGCAUAA